GUGUGGAUGCUGCGGACGUAAGGUUUUUGCAAGCCGGAGCGGCCGGAGCAUCUGCGCGCCUCUGCCUGUGGGUGUCAGCCAGCCAGCCAGCAGCGUUCCCCGUCACACACCGCUGAAAACCUGCUUCUUUUCGGGAAUAAAACAAAGGAGGAAUCAUGUCGGCUGGACCAGCGACGCUGCGCAUCCUCAUAAAGGGAGGCAAAGUGGUGAACGAUGACUUUACCCAGGAAGCGGACGUGUACAUUGAGAACGGCAUCAUUCAGCAAGUGGGCAAAGAGCUGAUGAUCCCAGGUGGUGCCAAGGUGAUAGAUGCCACAGGCAAGCUGGUGCUUCCGGGGGGCAUCGACACGAGCGUUCACCUGCAGGAGAGCUUCAUGAACGCCAGCACUGCCGACGACUUCUACAGCGGCACCAAGGCUGCUCUGGCUGGAGGUACGACAAUGGUGUUGGGUCACGUGUUGCCCGAGAAGAACGAGUCUUUGCUGGACGCCUAUGAGAAAUGCCGCACUCACGCCGAUGCCAAGUCCUGCUGUGACUAUGCUCUUCACGUUGCUGUGACCUGGUGGAGUCCCAAGGUGAAGGCUCAGAUGGAGACGCUGGUGAGAGAAAAGGGAGUGAACUCUUUCCAGAUGUACAUGGCCUACAAGGACAUGUACAUGCUGAGGGAUAGCGAGCUGUUCCAAGCCCUGCAGCACUGUAAGGACAUCGGCGCCAUAGCCCGUGUACACGCUGAGAACGGCGAGCUGGUGGCUGAGGGUGCCAAAGAAGCCUUGGAUCUGGGUAUCAGUGGACCAGAAGGCAUUGAGAUCAGCAGGCCUGAAGAGCUGGAGGCGGAGGCAGUGCACCGAGCGAUCACCAUCGGCAACAGAGCUCACUGUCCUCUCUACCUGGUUAACAUAGCCAGCAUGUCAGCCGGAGAUGUUCUGGCUUCAGGAAAGAUGCACGGUAAAGUGGUGCAUGGGGAGACCACCACUGCCCAUGCUGUUAUAAACGGGCUGCAGUACUACCACCAGGACUGGGUUCAUGCUGCUGCCCAUGUUACUGUUCCUCCCUUGAGGCUGGAUCCCAACACACCCAACUUCCUGCUCAGCCUGCUGGGAAGUGACACUCUGAAUGUGGUGACGUCAGACCACCGGCCCUUCACCAUCAAGCAGAAGGCCAUGGGCAAAGACGACUUCACUAAGAUUCCUCAUGGAGUGCCUGGUGUGCAGGACCGCAUGAGUGUCAUCUGGGAAAAAGGAGUGGUUGGUGGAAAGAUGGAUGAGAAUCGGUUCGUUGCUGUCACAAGCUCUAACGCUGCAAAGAUCUACAACCUGUACCCCAGGAAAGGCAGGAUCAUCCCAGGAGCCGAUGCUGAUGUGGUGGUCUGGGACCCUGACGCAACCAGAACGAUCUCUGUGACCACACAGUGGCAGGGAGGAGAUGUGAAUUUGUAUGAAGGUAUGCGCUGUCACGGUGUGCCUCUGGUCACCAUCAGCCGCGGCCGUGUUGUCUACGAAAAUGACAUCUUCACCUGCGCUGAGGGUUCCGGAAAGUUCUACCCGCUCCGAACCUUCCCGGACUUUCUCUACAAGAAGAUGGUGCAGAGGGAUAAGUGCCAGGUGCUGAAAGGAGUGGACCGUGCUCCCUACACAGGUGAGGUGGUAGCGGUGCAGAUCGGGAAGAAGGAGGCGGCCCCUUCAUCUGGGGACAUGACCCCUCGACCCUGCACCCGUCACGGAGGAGUGAGGGACCUGCACGAGUCCAGUUUCAGCUUAUCCGGUGUCCAGAUUGAUGAUGACCUUCCAAAGAGAUCCUCUCAAAGGAUUCUGGCGCCUCCUGGUGGUCGAUCCAGUGGCAUAUGGUAACGUCAGCAGCAGCUAUUUUGGGAGCCAGUGAAGAAGUAAAACACCUAAUAAUAUCUGAUGAUUUCACAUCGACCAAAAUGUAUUUGAUCCCUUUGUCACUUUGCGACUAGCAUAAUUAAUCGUCCAUGUUAAUAAUUUCAGCCAAAAAAAAAAAAAAAAGGCGGGGUUUAUUUGAAACGAAAAAAAAGAAAAAAAAAGAAACGGAAAACAAGGUAUCUAUCUGUAUGGUUUCUUGAUCCUGUACAAGAGAGGUGGGUGUUAAUGAAUUACACUAGCAUUUGAUUCAUUUUGGUAACAGUGUCUUAUAGUUCAUUUGGUAAUGGUUGCUAACAAAGUGCUCCUCUGAUUCUGUCGACUUCACUUUAUAUCUAUUCAGCACAGUGCACUGUGAUAUGCAACAGUUUCUUCACCCUGAUCUUUAUCCACCGGUUAGAAUAUUCCCAUGGACAAGCAUGUUGCGAGUACAGACUUUUCCCUGUACUAUGGUAAGAAGGUUCCUUUCCUGAUGCACCACCAACUGCCCAUAGAAAAAGUUUUAUGAAAAUACGUUCUGCUCUUUCUUCAAUGAGACAGGGAAAAGUUUACUCUAUCAACACUGCUGUUACUGUACAGAGGGUUGAUUAAGUUGAAAAAAUUAAAUAUUUCUUAAAAAAAAAAAGAUGUAUUUAUUUGGCAGGACGUUUGACCAAACAUUACAAAACCGCAGCUAAUCUAUGUGGGACUAUGUAUGUUUUUUUUUUAUUAUUAUUAUUGGGCACAUGACUAUGUGUUUACCUCAGUGUUUUAUCUUUGGAAUUGCACUCCUGUACAGUACGACCCUCUUCAUUUAUGAAGCUGUACAUGUGUUGUGGUAAUAAGAAAAAAGUAAAAAAAAAAAAAAAAAAAAAAAGAGAGAGAUGCUUCUAAAUAGCAGCCAGUACAGAUUUUGAAUUUUUAGUGUGUGUAUUUAUGUUUUCUUCUCAUACUCCUCUCACAAACGAUUGUUACAUGGAUUUCAAAAAGCAAAUCUGAUUAAGGCUAAAGCUACGAUUUCGGCGCCACAGACUGUGUAUGUUCAUAUCGGUUCCAUUCAUAUACUCUUAAAUAAUUUUUCUACCCCCACAUGACAUUGUGAGUGGCAACAGUGGUGCGUCCCUGUGCGGUAGAUUUGUGUCGUGUUGCCGAGUGUUAUCGAUAGCUAUUCAUUCGUCGAUUUGUGCCCAGAGCGUUUACGGACAAGUAACAACAGUAACGAACAGUACCGCCCAUUAUGAUGAACCGAUACGACUGCCAUGUUUACAGUGUCGCAUAUCAGAUUUUGUCAGUCACAUCUGAACACAUCAUAUACAGUAGAGGUAAUUGUUUGCGAUUACCGUUUUUUGAGUUCACAGUCAGAUAAUGCUAGUAAUAGUCCGAAACUAAUGUUGUGCUUUUCCAAAUCAAUUAUUUUCAAGACGUUGGAGAGAGAGAGAGAUGUUGGUUUUCUGCCAUCACAAAAAAACGACUCGUUGUUUAUGAUAUUGUGUGUUUUUCAAUCUAAAUAAUAAUAAUAAUAAUAAUAAUAAUAACUUCUGUAAAUGUUCCAAAACUCACACAUGAUUUACACUCGGUGGAAAUGUGCGAAUGAUUUACAAACAUCCUAAAGUGCAAAAUUAAAAAACAAUUUACUGCAAGCGUUUAUUUCACUUAUUCUGUUACUGCUCCAGUACUUCGGCCCUGUGUGGGGAGAACCCACUGUAGAACCCACUGUGGAACCCACUGUAGAACCAUUUGUAACGGAGUGACAACAGUUACGAUGUCAUAGAGAAACAGUCCAAACAUGUACACUAUGAUUUCUCUAUUGGUGCUGAAUAUUCAUGUGUGUGGAUGUUUGUUUUUUAUGUUUAACAACCUUUUUCUUUUUUUAUAUAUACCAUGUAUGUAUGCACUUGUUGUGUAUGUGUUUUGUUCCUCUCAAAGUUCAAAUAAACCCUUUCAACCUUG